AUGUCGAUCCAGCAUCCGCGGCAUACCCCAAGUUGCAGCAUAACCCAAGCGGCCUGCCUUACCAUGCUUCCAAACGAAUUGAUCCUGCUCAUUUCAAACGACCUAACGAGGAAACAGGAUUUAAACUCAUUUUUGCGAUGCAACCACCGGUUCUACAACCUGUUAAACCAACAAUUAUACCGGCUCGAUGCGCAGUCACCUAGAAACGACGCCAUAUGGUGGGCCGUGAAAACUGCAGACGUUGAACUAGCAAAACGCGCCAUCGACGCGGGUUCGGACCCUAACAAGAAGUGCGAAUCAGGUGGAUGGGUACGCCACCGUCCAUUAUACGUAGCAGUGUUCCAAGCUAAGAAUACGCACAAAAGGAAAUUCGUUCAUGAGGGCGAAGCGCCAGACUUCCUACAGAAAAACGACCAUCUUAUUCGAUAUUUAGUUUCACGGAAUGCUGACGUGAAUUGCUUGGAUAACUAUGAAAAGUCACCUCUGAGGUUGGCGGUUUUCAACGGGGAAAUAACUUCCGUUCGGGUAUUUCUUGAUAAUGGCGGUGAUGCAACAAUGCAGGACUACCACGGCCACGGAUUAGCAAACCUCGUGGUCGGCCGUGCCCAGUCAGACGGCCCAAAUGGUCUCAUAUACUUAGAGAUACUGAAACUUUUGCUUGAGUCCGGUCUCAAUCCGAAAAAUGGAGGUCGGGACAAGUUCACACCUUUGCAUCAGCAGAUGAGCGCUGUUGGAGGCAAAAUAAGGAGAGAGAACCGGACUGGGUGCAGAACUUUGAGUGAGGAGAGGGUGGAAGACGUUCUUAAGCUCCUCCUCAAGUAUGGAGCUGAUAUUGAUGCGCAGGAUGAGUUCGGCCAGACACCUCUAUCGCUUGCUCUACUAUGUUUGCCACGAGAGCCCAUUUGCCUUAAAUUGCUUCUCCAGUGCGGAGCUGACACCUCUCUCUUUACUUUGCCCCCCGCUGGGGAAAAACGGGACGCCGCUAUCAAAGCAUGCCAUGAAGUCUCACAAAAGACUGGCAGGAUAUUUGAAUUUCUCACUGAAUAG